GAACUUCGGGGCGUGAGUUUGGACCUCAGGACGCAAGUGAGGAGGAGGCAGGUCCCGUGAGGGGCGUGGUCAUGCCGCCGGGGCGGAGCCAGAAGCCUGGUGGGCGGGGUUAGAACUGGGGCGGUGUUAGGAUGGGGGAGAGGCCACCAGAGCCGGUUUAGAUGAGAGUCCCUAACGCCGAUGUGGGGUGCAGCCGCGGGCGGAGGGCGUGGCUAGAAUGCGGUGCUGGAACCUGUGGGGUGAGGAGGAGAAAAGGGGUGGAGCUUUGACUAGAGAGAAGUGAGGCCGGGGGCAGAGGAUAGCAGGGGAUCGCAUGCUGGCGUAGAGUCUGAUUCGAAGAAAGGCAAGUUAGAAAUGGGGCGGGACUUGCGAGGCCUGAGCCUAGCAAGGGGGCGGGGCCAGAUGCCUGGAAGAAAUCUGAGUCCUGAAAGGGACGGGGUUAGGGCGCAGGGAGGAGACCGGAAAAAGAGGAGCGCGGAGCUCAGCGCUGGGCGGGCUCGCAUUUCAGGGGCGUGGGUAUAACACCGAAGCCUGGCGGGACUCGGCUUGGGCGAGACCUGCGUUUGAGAAAAAGCCAAAUAUUGCAACCCUGGGGCGGGUCCGGAGCCAGAUGGGGGCGUGUCCAGACGCUGUUGUUAAGCUGUAGCUUGAUUAUGGUUGGCCGGAGGCUGAAGCGGAGGCGGGCCUAGAGCGCGGAGGAGACCCGCCCCUGGGGGCGUGGCCAUGCACAUGGGCGUGGUUAUGCCGGCGGGGGUGGGGCUUGACGAGGCGGAUCUAGAGCGCGGAGGCGGUGCUCCGAGGGGGCGGGGCCUCUGGAGGGCGUGCCCAGCGCGGGGGCGGGCCUUGCGGGCGGCUGCGCGGGGCCGAGCGGGCUGCGGGGAUGCGGGGCACGAGCUGCGUGGGCGGCGGCGGCGAGAGCCCGGGUGGCGCCGGGCUGAGCGAGGGCCCUCGGGGCCGUUGGCUGCGCCUGGCCCCGGUCUGCGCCUACUUCCUCUGCGUCUCGCUGGCCGCCGUGCUGCUCGCCGUCUACUACGGCCUCAUCUGGGUGCCCACGCGGCCCCCCGCCGCCCCCGCCGGCCCGCCGCCCAGCGCGCCCGUCCCUCCGUGCGCCGCCCGCCCGGGCGCGCCGCCCGCCCCGGCGCCCGCCGCCGCGUCGGCCUCCUGCCUCCUGGGCGCCCCCGGCGGCCCGCGACCCCAGCUCGCGCUGCCGCGCAGCCGCCGCCGCCGCAGCGACCCCGGCCGCCGCCCGACGCCCGGAGAGACGCCGGAGGCCGCGGGGGGGCGAGGGCCCGGGUAGCCCUGCCUUCCACCCCGAGCUGCACCGCCGGCCCUCUGCGUGACACCGCCUGGCGUCUCCGGAGCCGUCAGCCUGAAGAAUGGGGGCGACGGGGAGCCGGCGGGGCCUCGCCCUUCGCAGCUCCUCCGCCGGCAGGCCGGGUCCUCAGCCGUCUGGCAGACCUCGUCCCACUCGGCCUCCUGACCGUCUCUCCUAGGAUUGUGAGCGCAGAGCUACAGCCCGCCCUCCUCCUCCCGGAGUCUCUGCAUCCAUCUGUCCACCUGCAAUAAACUCCAGCCCCAGCUGCCUCGUGCUGUGUCUGUCGUGUUGUCUGCACAGGGGCCCCACCAUCUCAAGCGUGUGAGGGGAAGUCCGGGCGUCGGAUUUUUGUCUUUCUUGCGCUGGGUGGGCCGUGUGAGUUCUUCGGUUCCCUAGGGGGGCCCUUUUCUUCUUCCAUCGCCAUCCUGUGGUUUUGGGAGAAGAGACUUAUGUGCAACAGGGCAGUUGAAGGUCAGACAGCAUGAAAAACUUCAAGGUUUUGUGCAUGCUUGGGGCAGAGCCUCUGGAGCGAAGCAGGGUUCAUCCUCCUGUUACCGCGUAGGAGACAAGAGGAGAGAUGGGAUGAUUUGGGGCAAGAAGUGGGCUUCUGGGAAUGGUGAUUUGUAUAAUUACCGUUUUGGUGACAGAGGCUGUCACCCUGCGAUGUCAGGUGGGCAGAGGUGGUGGUGGGGCUUGUCUGCCUCGCUGGACAUCACAGCGGAAGUUAUCAAGGCUCUGUGCUGCCUUUGAAGAUUAGUCUAACCUCUCUGGUCUGCAGUGCUGCUGGUAAACCAAGGCGGAGGAACUCAGGUCCUGCUGAAAGAGUUAGAGACAGUUGAGUUCGUUUUCCCGCCCGGGAGACUGAGGCCUGGCUCUGCACGGGCCACCGGACCCUACACGCAGGAAGCGGUUUUCCUGUUCGGCCUCCUCCCUUGAACGGGAGACUUUCCCAGGAGAGAGAAGCUGAGCCCUCUCCCUCAGACUGGGACAUGUGUGGGUAUGGACUGGGCUGGGAAUGUCAGUCACUCUGCUCAUCUCCCCUCUUUCUUUCUACCCCUCCAGCACCACUUCGCAGAGGGUGACCCCAGACCGGAGGGGGCCUCAGGAAGCCAGCGCCCCUUCACGGAUAGCACAGGUGGUGGUUAGGGGCGCUGACUUUGGGGCCAGGAUGCUCAGAUUCAAAGCCCAGCUCUCCCUCUCACUAGCUCUGUGACUUCGGGCAGGUUACUCAACCUCUGUGGUCCUAUAAAAUGAAGAUAAUAGUAUUCAUCUCGGAAUCUCUCUGAGGAUUCAAUAAGCUAGUGACCUAAAGCCCUUAGAACAGCAUCACAUAUUCUUUCUCUUCACCUCCCUCUGUCCUUCAGGGCUUGAAAAACCACAGCUUGGAUCCCAAGGGAUAGAUAUCGGGUCAGCCUGGAGCCCUGGACACCAGUGCGUCGUGAGAUGGGAGGGAGGGAUCCCAUCUCUGUCCCCACUGGCGCCCAUCUCUCCUCUCCCAGCCCCGGUUGUCCUGACCUCUCGAUUUCUCUUCUGGUCUCUGUGUCUCCCUCCACCCCCUUCUCUCCCCCUCUUCUCUUUCUGUCUGUGCUUGUCUCUCUGUC